CAAGCCGCGUACCACCCAGAAGUGGGCAAGGAUGUGAGGAAUAAAGCUCUGCUCUACGGCAUCGAGUGCACCACCGGAUACAUCGACUUGCUCGAACACGUCCUGCUCGUCCUGCAGAAACCCACGGCCGAACAGAAACAGCAGUUGGCCGUGCUGUCCAAGAAAGUGGCGGGCUCAGUCACAGAGCUCAUCCAGACUGCUGAAGCCAUGAAAGAUGGAGGUUCAGAGUGGGUGGACCCAGAAGACCCCACGGUGAUAGCGGAGACAGAGCUCCUGGGUGCUGCUGCGUCCAUCGAGGCCGCAGCCAAGAAACUGGAGCAGCUGAAGCCCAGAACCAAACCAAAG